AUGCGCCAGUUUUUCACUUUUCACUUUUUCUCCCAUCAUCCUCCGACCUUCUGCGGUCCCCCUUCUUGCAUCGCAGCAAAUCAUCCAUUAACGAGUGCGCCUCCUGAUACAUCCAGAUGUCUUCCUCUAAAGCCUGUGGAAUUGACGUGCGUGUUGCAGUCCAUCCAAUCCAAAGCAUCGUUUACUGACUUGUGUUAUCGACAGUUGGGUACCACCUACUCUUGCGUUGGUGUCUGGCAAAAUGAUCGUGUCGAGAUCAUCGCCAACGACCAGGGUAACCGAACGACCCCCUCCUACGUCGCUUUCUCAGACAGUGAACGUCUUAUUGGCGAUGCCGCCAAAAAUCAAGUCGCCAUGAACCCCACCAACACCGUUUUCGAUGCCAAGCGUCUCAUUGGACGCAAAUUCGACGAUGCAGAGGUCCAGGCCGACAUGAAGCACUUCCCCUUCGUCGUCUUCAGCAAGGCUGGCAAGCCUUACAUCCGCGUUGAGUACCGAGGCGAGCAAAAAGAAUUUUCACCCGAGGAAAUUUCGUCGAUGGUCCUCCUCAAGAUGAAGGAGACUGCCGAAUCGUACCUCGGAACAACCGUCAACAAUGCCGUUGUCACCGUUCCCGCCUACUUCAACGACUCGCAGCGUCAGGCCACCAAAGAUGCCGGAACCAUUUCUGGCAUGAAUGUGCUCCGUAUCAUUAACGAGCCUACCGCUGCCGCCAUCGCCUAUGGCCUCGACAAAAAAGUCAGUGGCGAGCGUAACGUGCUAAUCUUCGAUCUCGGUGGAGGAACUUUUGAUGUCUCCCUCUUGACGAUCGAGGAGGGUAUUUUCGAAGUCAAGGCCACCGCUGGUGACACCCAUCUUGGUGGUGAAGAUUUCGACAACCGUCUCGUCAACCACUUCGCCCAGGAGUUCAAGCGCAAGAACAAGAAGGAUCUCUCUUCCAACUUGCGAGCUCUCCGUCGUCUGCGUACUGCUUGCGAGCGUGCAAAGCGUACCCUUUCCUCCGCCGCCCAGACCUCCAUCGAAAUCGACUCGCUCUUCGAAGGCAUUGACUUCUACACUUCCCUCACCCGUGCCCGUUUCGAAGAAUUGUGCCAGGACCUGUUCCGCAGCACUCUUGAGCCUGUAGAAAAGGUUCUCCGUGACUCCAAGAUCGACAAGGCUAAUGUUCACGAAAUCGUCCUUGUUGGUGGCUCCACCCGUAUUCCCCGGAUCGUCAAGCUCGUCUCCGACUUCUUCAACGGCAAAGAGCCCAACAAGAGCAUCAACCCUGACGAAGCCGUUGCCUACGGUGCCGCUGUCCAGGCUGCCAUUCUCUCUGGUGAUACCUCUGAGAAGACCCAGGACCUCCUCCUUCUCGAUGUUGCCCCCUUGUCGCUCGGUAUCGAGACUGCUGGCGGUGUCAUGACUGCGCUCAUCAAGCGUAACACGACUGUCCCCACCAAGAAGUCAGAAACCUUCUCCACAUACGCCGACAACCAACCUGGUGUGCUCAUCCAAGUCUACGAGGGAGAGCGUACCCGCACCAAAGACAACAACCUGCUCGGUAAAUUCGAGCUUUCCGGCAUUCCCCCUGCUCCUCGUGGUGUCCCCCAAAUCGAAGUCACAUUCGACAUUGACGCCAACGGUAUCCUAAACGUCUCUGCCUCGGAUAAGACGACGGGCAAAUCGAACCGCAUCACCAUCACCAACGACAAGGGUCGUCUGUCCAAGGAGGAAAUCGACCGCAUGGUCAGCGAGGCCGAGAAGUACAAGGCCGAGGACGAGGCUGCCCAAGCCCGUAUCAGCGCUAAGAAUGGCCUCGAAUCAUACGCCUACAACCUACGAAACUCGAUCACCGACGAGAAGCUCGCUGACAAGUUCGAGCCUGCCGACAAGACGAAGCUGGAGUCUGCUGUCAACGACACGAUCAAAUGGCUCGACGCGUCACAGGAGGGCUCGAAGGAGGAAUACGAGGAGAAGCAGAAGGAGCUCGAGGCGAUCGCCAACCCGAUCAUGCAGAAACUGUACGGAUCAGGCGGAAUGCCCGGCGCGGGCGGACCGGGUGGCUUCCCAGGCGGACCGGGCGGUGCUCCUGGUGGCUUCCCUGGUGCCUCUGACGACGGCCCAAGCGUCGAGGAGGUUGACUAA